AUGGUAGCAACCAAGCACUUAUUAGCAGCCUCGCUGCUUGAACUCAUCACACUUGUUGCCGCACACGGCCAUGGCUCGCAGGACGAGACGGGGCUCAAUCCGCGACCGAUGUCGAACGGAACAGUCUCACCACCAACAGACCUAGACAACGUGUGGCAGUCGCCAAGCUAUUCGGGCUUGGAAGCUCAGUCUGGCUCUAUGCUGGCGCACAUUAUCUUCAUGGUCGCGGCCUGGUUCUUCCUGCUGCCAAUAGGCGUUGUGCUAAGCAUCGCUCGAUCACGAUUUGCGGUAUCAACGCAACUCAUUUUCCUUGCUCUUAACGGCUGCGGUAUCUUCUUCGGCAUCGUUUACAACGUUAAUACUCCGGACCUCUAUGCGAACAAUGCCCACCACAAGAUUGGAUGGAUCGCAACAUGGGUUAUGACGGCGCAGGGAGCCAUGAGCCUGCUCUUUGCCUUUUCGCGAUGGUGCAAGAAAGAAGAUGCUGCCGUGUCUGCAGAAAGGGUCGCAUUCUUGCCAAUAUCGAUGGAGGCUAUGGCGCAGCAUCAGCGAUUUCACGAUCCACAUCCGAGUGCAUACGAGAACACCAGGUGGUCGAGGGACAGUGGCCAGGGCACGGAAUGUGCCACACCUUCGCAGCACAGCCGUGACCUGUCACCAAAUCAUACAUCCGAGAGCGGGCAGGAAAGGGAGAGAUUUUUAAAGCCUGAGGCUGGAGACGAAGAAGAUGUCCAACAAGUGCUGCCAUGGCGUCGACACUUUCUCGCCGGCACUUUUGUGCACAAAUUUUGGAAGCAACGAGUACCCGGCCCGUUUUCACAGCGAGCAUUGAAGCUAUUAGAAGCUGUUUACGAUAGCAUAGAUCAUAUAAUCCUGCUCCUUGGGUUCAUCGCCCUAGUCACUGGAGGCAUUACCUAUGCUGGCAUAUUCCGCGCAAACAACGUCUUCAACGGCCUUGCGCAUUUCAUCAAAGGUGGCAUUUUCUUCUGGUACGGUCUUUUGACCCUUGGACGUUGGAUGGGUUGUUAUGCCGAGCUUGGCUGGGCGUGGAAUAUUAAACCCAGCAAAUCCGAGAUCGGCUCCUGGAAAGCUUCCCUACCGACAGCCGAGUUUACCGAAUCCUUUGUCAUCUGGCUCUACGGGUGUACGAAUGUUUUCCUAGAACAUUUGGCCGCAUGGGGAGGUGCCUGGACGGCACAAGAUCUAGAACAUGUCUCCAUUAGUAUCAUGUUCUUCGGUGGUGGACUGUGCGGUAUGCUCAUCGAAUCGCGACGCAUCCGAGACUGGCUCAGUACAUCCAUACUGUUGCUUCACGCCCGCAACGACAUGCAUCCUGAAGACAUGCAUCCAGAAGAAUCGUCGCUCAUCCAUACCCCUCCUAAAAUGUACUCAUUCUCUCUGAAUCCCCUUCCAGCUCUCAUCAUUCUUCUCCUCGGCGUAAUGAUGUCCUCCCAUCACCAAAACUCCAUAGUCUCUACCUCUGUCCACAAACAGUGGGGAACACUGCUCGUCGGUUUUGCGCUAGCUCGCGCAGUUACCUAUAUUUUAUUCUUUCUCUCACCUCCGACAUCAGUCUUCCCAUCGCGACCACCUAGCGAGCUCGUGGCGGCGUUCUGUCUGAUCUCCGGUGGCCUGAUAUUCAUGGCCAGCACUAAGGAUGUGAUUCACAUUAUGGAAGAUCACAAUCUGAUGCCCAUGUUUAUUUUCACGGUUUGCAUGGGCUUCACCGCCUUUCUUAUGGCAUAUGAGAUGAUCGUGUUGGCUACCAAGGGAUGGGCUACGAGGAGAGAAAACGCUGUUCUGAGGAGCUUUCCUGCUACGAUUCGCUAUGGCCGGUAA